CGCAAAAGAAGAAGCCGAAGGGGGCAAAAGAAAGAAAAGGAAUUAUAAUAUAGAAUCGGAGACGCCACCGUCUCUUCCUCCCUGGCUGCCCUCGCAGAUCGGCGACCCCCCUCCCCCAUCUCCGGCGAAUGGCGUCCCGAAUCGCGGCCCGCCUCCUCCUCCGCCGCCCAACUGCCGCAUUAAGUUUUCUUCAGAGUUGUAGGCAUGCUAGGCAUUUCAGCACUCAGUUACUCGAAGGUGUUCCGAGAUUCUCAAAGCCAACACGUGCACGCUAUUUCCUUCCAAAUGCUUCUCCAUAUCAACUUUGGAGUAGAUCAUUUGCUUCAGAAAAUGGUGACUUGAUUGAGGCUGUUGUGCCCUUCAUGGGUGAAUCUGUAACUGAUGGAACCCUUGCCAAUUUCUUGAAGAAACCUGGUGAUAGAGUUGAAGCUGAUGAGGCUAUAGCGCAGAUUGAAACUGAUAAGGUUACCAUAGAUGUUUCUAGUCCAGAAGCUGGGGUGAUUGAAAAGUUCAUUGCCAGUGAAGGUGACACUGUUACUCCUGGCACCAAGAUUGCUGUGAUAUCUAAGUCUGCUGCUCCAAGUGAGACCCAUGUUUCACCAUCUGAAGAGACCUCCCAGAAGGAGACCCCUCCACCACCACCUCCAGAGAAACCCAAGGUUGAGGAAAAAUCAUCAAAAGUAGAAUCUGUCAAACCAAAGGCGUCAAAACUGUCCUCCCCCUCAGAACCUCAGCUCCCUCCAAAGGAAAGAGAGAGACGGGUGGCAAUGCCAAGACUCAGGAAGCGUAUUGCAAAUCGUUUAAAGGAUUCUCAGAACACUUUUGCAAUGUUGACCACAUUCAAUGAAGUUGACAUGACCAAUUUGAUGAAGCUGCGUUCUGAUUACAAAGAUGAGUUUGUUGAGAAGCAUGGUGUCAAAUUGGGUCUAAUGUCCUGCUUUGUAAAGGCUGCUGUUUCUGCACUUCAAAAUCAGCCAAUUGUUAAUGCUGUUAUUGAUGGUGAUGACAUCAUAUACAGAGACUACAUUGACAUUAGUGUGGCUGUUGGCACUUCCAAGGGUCUUGUGGUGCCUGUUAUCCGCGAUACAGAAGGAAUGAACUUUGCGGACAUUGAGAAGGGGAUAAACAAGCUUGCAAAGAAGGCAACUGAGGGGGCACUGUCAAUUGAUGAGAUGGCAGGGGGCACCUUUACCAUCUCGAAUGGUGGUGUCUAUGGAAGCCUUAUCAGCACACCCAUCAUCAACCCUCCACAGUCAGCAAUUCUUGGAAUGCAUUCCAUUGUUCAACGCCCUGUUGUUGUGGAUGGCAGCAUCCUUGCAAGACCAAUGAUGUAUCUUGCACUGACAUAUGACCAUAGGUUGAUAGAUGGCAGAGAAGCUGUUCUGUUUCUGCGCCGCAUCAAGGAUGUGGUUGAAGAUCCACGGAGGAUGCUCCUUGACAUAUAGUUCCAUGCAUUACUUCUGGCCUAUGAUGGUUUGUCCUUUAUUUUGAAAUAAUUGUACACAAAAUUUUGACUUAUGCGGUGUAGUUGCUUCUCCGAAUAUUGAGAUUUCGGUUUCUGGCCUCUGAACUGUAGAAGAGAGCUCAACAAAACUCGUUUCCCUUUUUUGAGUUGAUAUACUUGUUGGGAUGUAGUUCCCUAAACAUGUUAUCAUUUUACAAUAGCAAGUGGCUACCCUUCCUGACUUU